UUUGUGAAGAAUUGGGUCAGGUUUCCCAAAACUCCCCCCAGGAAAACCAGAUGCAAAACAAGACGUGGACCACACUUCCUUUGGGAAUGGAUUCGGGGAUAUUUAAAUGAAGAUGAGAAGGUGUCUCACGCAGUCCCGUUUAGACGUCGUGUAUCCUCGUGACGCUACUCAACUCAUCAGCAGGGACCAUGCAUCUCCUCGCUAGGAUCGCCUUGCUCCUCUCUCUCAUGUCCACCCUGACCAGCGUCGUCGCCAACGUGGGCAAAACCAACAGCAGCGUCGCACAGCCCAAGAGGACACUGCGACCAGAGCGACCUCCAGAUGACAUCAUGAAGGCAAAAUGUGGAUUCACAUUGAAUGAAAUUCACGAGUGCAAGAUUAUGGGAUGCAACGCCGCGACAGCAGAGUGCUCCAAACCCAACGUCACUUUCUCCGACUGCCUUUUUGAUAAAUGUCACGAUGCGAGGAUUGAGUGUGAGAAGCCACUCAACAAUCACCUGAGUCCUGAAGAAAUCUGUGAAGGAGAUGGCUUCACAAAAGUCGACAACGAAUGCCUAAAAACAAAAAGUUCUUCGAAGGAUCUGCUCGAAGCUUGCAAGGCAGAGAAUUACGUCAAGGUGCGACGUGAGUGCUUUGCGCCCGUGUGGAAGAAGCGCAUCCAUGACGUGGGAAUGAACAAUUUCAAUGUCCUCUACAUGACAAAUGAGUUCAUCGACUGUGCAUACAUGAAGUGUUUUGAAAAUACAGAGGAAUGCAUUAAGAAACACCAUGAGGAAAUGGCCAAGAAUCCACGUAUAUAUACGGAAUUUAGUCUGGAGCAUUGUGCAUACGUGAGUAACGUCUACCCCAGAGAUUGUGAGACGCCAAAUUGUACAACCACGAUGGAGGAAUGCUACGGGCUCUACCCGACUCCAAAAUCUAUGAUCCCGAUAUUCGCCGUUGCUGGAGUUGCUGGUCUGUUGGUCAUUGGCUUGACCAUCUUCACCAUCCUCAAAUUGAGACGGCGCAAAGAUGAAGGGUUUGUACCUGUUGCCAAGUGUUGAGAAGACAGCAGCAGCUGUUUUUGAUGGAGGGAAGAAAAAGACGCGAGUCUUUACCGACAGCGGAGGGGCUCCCCCCGCGUCUGUGCGGGUCGUGGGGGUUAUUUGAUUAUUCUACAUUGGUCAGUUCGGGUUGGUAAAUGCUAGGGGCAUAGACAUACAGCUAAACAAUGCACUUUGAUGUACUGCCCUCUGCUGUGCACCACGUUGACACGUUGUAUGCAUGGUGGUUGCCUAUCCAAGCAAUAUCCACGCUCAAAUUUGCUUUGCUUCCAAGAUCAAAUGAGAUUGGGUGCAUUCUCAGUGACUUGGUCAUAGCUUUACUUGAUAUGCACUAUUAAUAAUAAAGACAAUACUCAAUAUUUAGUAGCCUAACACUAAAAUAUAAUAUACACGAAUAAAAUGCUGCAUUUUUCCAACAUAGUUUACUGUAUUGAAAUAUAAUUAGUUUUGCCGAAUGAAUGUGCGGAUAUUUUAGAGUAACAUUUUAAAUCUUCAAGCAAUGCUAUAUGACUUUGCAUAACGAUACGUAUUGCUUGAUUUAAAUUAGCUUCGAACAAUUGUGUUCAUAUACUGUGUGUUUUAAAACAUUUGACACUGUAUUCUGUACAUAACUUACACUUAAGGCCGUAGUUGCAGUGGUUGUUGUUUGACAGGGUCCUUGGGACGCCGUUCAUUGCCAAGCGUCGACCUUCCUUGUUACCCACUCUCCUCCGUAAAAAAAAAGCCCCAACAACUUCAAUUGACUUGCAGGCACGCUGCUGUAAUGACGCAUACGCAAACACUUUAAAGUCUUCUCAUGAAGCAAGCUUGAAGCCCAUUUGUCGUCAUCCGAUUUACACAAUCUGCGCUGACGGAUGCGAGGUCUCGUGAAAACGAUGGAGUAAAGAUUCUACCAAGUCUCACGCAGAGAGGUCCAUUGCCAAGUGCAAUUCAGGCAAUGGGGACUGAACCAUGUGCCUUGUAUACAUAAGGGUCCCUAAAACGGCGUCAAUUAUUCCGACGCGAGACUGGGUUUCAAACUAAAGUAAGAAUAGAAAAAGAUACCACAUACAAAUCAAACUUCUACCCGUUCAAUGCGGCCUUCAUAAUGGUGCAUUAAAAAUGUGAGGGUGUGUAUAUAGUUCUACUGAUCUCCGUAGAUUUAUUUUCAAAAGGCGCUAUAACGCCUGUGAGAAAUUAAAAGCGUUUUGUGUAAAAUGCCGACUAGAAGUUCCCUACACACAACACGCACUCGCCCUCUGGUGGUCAUUCCGAGAAUCGUUGAAUGUUGAGUCCCCCACACCCUCUGUAGUCAAGGUGCAGGCUGGGUAAUGACAUGCUCGCGCCACAGCUAGUGGAAGGGCUUCCUCAUGCAGAAUCAUUCAUUUUUUUGGGCCCGAUUCACGCGUCUAGUCCAAUGUUGGUAAAUUGCGCAGCAGCAAUGAGGCACAAUUCAUCAAGGUGUGAACCUGGCCCAUGCUUCACAUUGGUGUAUACAGAAUCAUUUAUUCUGAAGGAAUCCGAUGAGCUAUGAAGCUCUUUUUCACAGAUGUCCAGUCGUGGCUGGUCAGAACGUUAAUACAAAACAAACAAUACAAAGCACGAUAUGAGUGUAAGGUAAAGGAAAGGUAAACAAAUCACUUAGAAAUACAUACAAAUAACACUAAGCAGUUUUUUUUUAUAACUUACCAGGUAAACCCCACUGAGCUAUUAGCUUCUUUUUCAGAAGUGACCUGACCAUAAAUGAUAGUUCACCGAAGUGGUUUGCUAAAAAAAAGAGUGUGCGUUCUGUUACCCCCAGCUGACCUCAGAUUACUUAUUAACUUAACAAUAACCGGAUGAAUAAUAGACAACACUGACUAAUCGCUGUCUGUAGUUCAAGGUUGCUGUUAUGCUGCCCAAGCCUCAACAUGUAGCAUUAAUAAAACGUGACGUGUGACGCGUGAAUAUAAAACGUAUUGCCUUUAAAAUAAAGCCAUAAUAAAGUGAUGUUUUUGUAAA